AUGGAAGAGUGCGUCAUCGGGAAUGCGCAGGCAUGCAGCCAGCGGGCAGAGACCGCUGCGCGAGGCUCCAUCAGCCAUUUUCUCUCACUGAUGACCCCGACGGCUGACGAUGUCAUCCGGUCGACGAAGGCUUACAAACCGCUAAAGAACUUCGGCAUGCCUUUGAGGCACCCGGAUGCACAGAAAGGGUGGCAUCACUUCAGUGAGGUGACGAGCGAGAUUGAGACCUUUUGGAGCCAUAGUUGGCAUGGAAGUGCCUGGCAGAAGGUCCUUACGCUGUUGAUCCUCUACAACUCCUUGAGGUCCAUGGCGGUCGCCUCUUUUGGCGCCGUGCUGGCCAGCUGCCUAUAUGCAGCUGAGGUUCUGCCGGGCUAUGAUGUCGAGGUAGAUGAAACCCACCGCUUUAACUCUAUCUGGGCACUUGCGACUGGGUGCUGCCUCUAUUUAGUGCUCCUCUUCGUGGCUCGCCCCCGGGAAGGAGUUUUUUUGGAUGUCGUGUGCAUCGAUCAGCUCGACAGGUCUCGUAAAAUGAUGGGAAUCAGGAGCAUCGCAGCCUUGAUCAAACGAACGAAGGCUAUGAUCGUGCUGUGGGAUCCCACGUUCUCACGGCGAAUGUGGUGCUUGUUUGAGCUCGCAGCUUUCCUUCACAGCCGUUCUCCUGGUGAGAAACCACGGCUCAUCAUUCGGCCUACUAUCUUCGGUCCUACAUUGUUUUUUCUGACCGUUGCAAUGGCGCUGGUACAGGCUCUUGUCAUGUUGAUGCAGGGUUUCAGGAACACCGCUUUUCCAAUGGAAGGAAUUGUGGUUUUUGUCGCCUGCUAUGUAAACGUUGUUACAUACCGAAGUUAUUUUCGGUCCAUCGAAGAGCUCAAACGCCAACUUCGUGUAUUCUCCGUCCAAGACGCGACCUGCUACUGCUGCAGCAAGGGGCACCGGAACCGUUCAGCUUGUGACAAGGACAUGCUUCUAGGUUGCAUCACUGUGUGGUUCGGCAGUGUUGAAGUCUUCGAAGAGCGUGUACGGACAGACGUCCUAGACUGCCUUUUGACGCAGCUCUCUCAAGACUUCUUCUCUUACAGGCAGUGCAUUGUCGCCUUGUGCCCUGUCAUGUGGUCUGGUCUGGACUUUGCAGCGGGAGGUUGGCUGUGGUGCAAACACUUGAAUCAGUUGCCUGGCUCGGAUGGGUAUUGCGGAAACUCAGAAAGGGGGUCACCGGAGGCCUUCCUGGCAAAUUGGUUGAUCCGUGGUGCUGUGUGGUGGCUGGGUGCCGUGCCGUUGAACCUACUCCUUGGCAUGAGGGCCAUGUACUAUCUGCGAAAAAAGUGCCGAUGGCGGAUGUUAGAUGAGACCCUCAACUUGGUCAUCCUGCUCUUCAUCGCGGCCCUGACUGUGGGCAUGACGGGGCUGGAAUGGUAUUGCUGGAAUGUUUUGAGAUAUAUGCUCCCAGUCCCGUAUGAUUACAUGCAGUUGUGGACCGGGAUGAUUCUCUUUGGUGCGCUUGUAUGUCCCUUCACAGCGUGUUUCUUUUCCUGCUCCGGCUGGAACUGGGGCAAGGUGGCCCCGCGCCAACUGGCGGAUGCUAUAUUGGCGGCACCGGCAAACCGUCGCGAAGCUGUAUAG